AUGAAGUUCUUAGUAUUCCUAGCCUUCGUAGCUCUGGCCACAGCUCGUCCGGAAGACAAUUACGAUCGGUACGAAAACUUUGACGUGGAUGAACUGAUUUCCAAUCUACGUCUUCUAAAAUCCUAUGCAGCCUGUUUCCUUGGAGAAGGAAAAUGUACUCCCGAAGGCAACGACUUUAAGAAAUGGAUACCAGAAGCUGUUCAAUCGAAUUGCGGUAAAUGUUCCGACCAUCAGAAACAUCUCGUCGGAAAGGUUAUCAAAGCCUGCAUGGAAAAACUGCCAGCAGAAUGGCAAAAACUGAACGCCAUCCACAAUCCAGAUACAAUGAAGUUCUUAGUAUUCCUCGCCUUGGUAGCUAUCGCUACAGCUCGUCCGGAAGACAGUUACGAGAAAUAUGAAAACUUUGACGUGGAAGAACUGGUGUCCAAUGUACGUCUGCUAAAGUCUUAUAUAGCGUGUUUCCUUGGAGAUGGAAAAUGUACUCCCGAAGGCAAUGACUUUAAGAAAUGGAUACCAGAAUCUGUUCAAUCCAAUUGCGGUAAAUGUUCCGACCAUCAGAAGCAUCUCGUCGGAAAGGUUAUGAAAGCCUCCAUGGACAAACUUCCAGAAGAAUGGAAAAAACUAAACGCUCUCCACAAUCCAGACGGAAAAUACGACGAAGGCGUGAAAAAUUUCGUGGAGAAAUAUGGGCAAUAA